AUGGCCAGCCAUCUACGCCAAGUUAAGCAACAUUUGCAGAUAUUCCUCUCGACCUUGGAAAACGGAGAUGAAGUCAAAAUCGACGGACAUGGUUUGAGCAUUGCUCAUCUGGUUUCAGUGGCCAGGUACUCGACCGGAGUUUCCAUUGAUCAAACCGACGCCCUACGGAACCGUAUGCAGGCCAGUGUUGAUACUCUGCAUUCUUAUAUCGAUAAGGGGCACAGAAUCUAUGGCGUAAAUACUGGAGUCGGCGGGACCUCCUACACCGGGACGAACCAGCUCUCGACGCUCCAAUACUCCGCUUUUCAGCACCAGCAGUGCGGGAUCUUGCUGGAACCCUCCCAAAAUGUCAUGCCGGGGAGAUACUCCGCCACAGGGCAAUACAACCUUCCAGAUGAGACCGUUCGGGGUAUGGUCGUCGUGCGCUGCAAUUCCAUCCUUCGAGGGCAUUCCGGCGUCAGGAUGCACCUCGCCGACUUUCUGAUGGAGGCGCUCGCACACGGCAUUUUGCCAUUGGUACCCCAACGUGGGAGCAUCUCUGCGUCUGGUGAUCUGAGCCCACUCUCCUAUCUGGGCGGUUUACUCGAGGGCAAUCCUGAUAUCCUGGUGAAGAUGAAGGACGGCAAAGUCUUCCAGGUUGUCACUGCGGACGAGGCGCUAAGGCGCGUUAAGAUGACUCCACUUCAGCUGGAGGGAAAAGAAGGAUUAGGGUUGAUGAAUGGUACGGCUCCCAGUAGCAGCGCUGCUGCACUGGUUGUCCAUGACAGCCAUAUUUUGGCGGUCUUGACACAGAUCUUGACUGCCAUGAGCACCCAGGCUCUCCAGGGAACAGUGAACAAUUAUCAUGAUUUCAUAUCGACAUGUCGCCCGCAUCCUGGUCAACGCGAGGUAGCACGCAAUAUGCGGGGAUUCCUCCGCGGCUCGAAGCUCUGUUACGGGAUGGAAGGGCUGACAGCGAACCUGGCGCAGGAUCGCUACGAUUUGCGCACCGCACCGCAGUGGAUUGGGCCGCAGCUGGAGGACCUACUCGCAGCACAGAGCCAGGUCAGCAUCGAGUUGAAUUCCACGACGGAUAACCCCCUCUUUGAUGCACAAGAGAACGCCUGCCAUCAUGGAGGGAAUUUUCAAGCCACAGCCAUUACGUCCGCAAUGGAGAAAACGCGGACGGCGCUGCUCAUGCUGGGAAAACUGUUGCUCGCGCAGUCCCAACAGAUGGUGGAUCCGGUGCUUAACAACGGGCUGCCUCCUAAUCUGUGUGUUGGGGCCCCCGGUCUUUCAUUCACUGCCAAAGGGCUCGACAUCAGCAUGACCGCAUAUUGUUCGGAACUUGGCUUCUUGACAAACUCGGUGGUCAGCAAUAUCCAUUCUGCCGAGUUGCGCAACCAGUCGGUCAACUCCUUGGCCCUUCUCUCCGCACGGUACACGGCGGAAUGCGUGGACGUCCUGACCAUGAUGUGUGCAACACAUCUCCAUAUCGUCUGCCAGGCAUUAGACUUGCGGGCCAUGCGAGAGGAGUUCUUCAAAGCCGCAAAGGCAGCAUGCGAAACGUCCUUUCAUGACCUCUUCAACCAUAUUGGAAAUUCGAGGGAGUCGAAGUUUGACCGCAUAUGGUCUGCUAUUCGGUCCUCGUGGUUAGAAUGGAACCGUCUAGACUUACAGACACAAUGUGCCCAGGUUUCCGGCCAGUGCCUGGGGUACAUGGUGAGCAUGGACGACAUGGGAUUUUCUCAGCCGGAAUGCUGGGAGCCCAUUCGACGCUGGAAAGACGUACUCCCUACUAUUCUAAAGGACUGCCAUCGUAAGACGCACGAGAACUUCAAUCAGGCUAGGACGACCCCCCAAUACCUGAGCGAGAGGACAGGUCGGGUUUACCGCUUUGUACGCGAACAGCUGCAGGUGCCAUUUCACCAGGGCAUCCAAGACCACCCCGCAUUAGACCCCAACGAUGCUGGAAAGGGGCCAAAACGAACAAUUGGAACCUAUGUCAGUCGUAUCUACGCAGCAAUUCGUAGUGAAGAUAUGGCGAGGCUGCUACUGGAUGUCAUGGAAGGUCUGGACUUGUGA